AUUAUUAACUCAGAAAGGACUCAAUCUAUGUAGGAAGCUUGCAACGCCGCCAUGUGGUUUCGCUCCUUUUGAAAACAACAAAAAAUAUAACUCAACACAAAACGCAUUUUCGGAGCUGCAGGAAAUAGUAUACUCCGCCAACAUUCCUUUUAGUAGUUGAUAUGUCUACACAAGAUAUAUCUGGUUAUGUUAGCUAUUGUUCUGACGUUCAACGUGCGACAGGCGAUGCGGUAUUGCCAACUGGGAACUUUCUUCUUCAACAACCUCCACAGCCAUAUCCUCUUCCACAAACUUCAACCCAGCCACCCUCACGGGCAAUUCAGUUUCAGCAGCUCAUUAGUUGGAAUCAAGGGCAACCAGUAUCAUAUAAUAAUUUGUUCCAUCCACAUACUGCCAUGUAUGCUGCAGCUUCACCAAGUUAUGCUAUCACAACUGAUUCACGGCGUAUUCAGGGAAUGGAGACUACUAUUGGAUACUUGAGAGAAUUAUUAUCCAAAGAGUUUCAUAAUACUAUCAAAGAAAAAAACACUGUUGAGAAAACAAAAAAAGAACUUGAAGUUGCAUUGGAGGAUAACAGACGGUUUCAAGAACAGCUGCAAGAAGCACUUGCAAAAAUUAAUGAAUCAAAUGAUGGAAAAAGGGAAGUCAACUCUGCAUUGGAAGAUGUUUUAGCAGCACAGAAGGAAUUAUCUGCUAAUCAAAAAGAGCUCCAAGAUGCUCAAAGUGAAUUAAUAACUGCUCAGAAAAGAAUCAGGGAUCUAGAGACUGAGAACACAAAUUUGGAAUCCAAAUUGACUGAAUUAUCUAAAGAGAAGAGCAGACAUGCCAGGUUAUCUUCAUCUGAAACAACAGCUGGGAAGGAGACACAUAAUUCUGAUGGGAAAAAUGUCUUUGCAAACUUAAAGUCAGAUUACGACGCGCUGAAGUACCAGUUCGAUGCAACCAUUGAAAAGAAAAACACCAUGUCUAAUCAGUUCAAAGAAUUGGGCAAAAAAUAUCUAUACAUGGUUGAGUAUUCCGGAGAGCAAAUGUAUAACGAGUAUGAGGAAAAACACACAGUCUUCAUAGAAAAACUAAAAUCUUUAAGCCAAAACUCCGUAAAUGAGACCCAGUGGUUCAUGAUCAAACAGACAUUGGAUUGCCUUCAGGGGCAGCUAAGAUUGCUGGAAAACUACCGGGAGGACUUCCGUGUAACCAUUGAGUUGUUGAUGUGCCGAAUUGAUCAAGAAAUUGCCCAGGUCUCGGAUUUGAGUAUCCGUGCCCCAAAACCCCCGUUAGAAAUCCAAUUGGACACCUUCGAUGCGAUGUUUCGACUGGUUGAAUGUAACGGAUCUGUGGAACGAGACAACGAAGAGGACUCGAUAAGGACGACAUAAAUUGUCAAUCAAAUUUAUCUCCCGUUCCAUCAUAUUUUGUAGUGAAAUUGAAUUAUUUGAUUGUCACAAUUAUUAUCGUGUCAUUAAGAACCAAAUGUUAACCAUGACCUGUUACUUAUUUUAGUUAUGAGAAUUGAGGAAACGAAUACCUUUACAUUUUUUUUCUUAAAAUUGAUCUGUACAUCUUGCUGCAGCACUUUUAUGCCCAAAUAUUUUUUUGUUUUUUCAUUUUCGUAAUUUUUAAUUUCAGUUAACCAAGAAUGAAUACAGACAUUAAAUGAA